ACAGCACUGCUCGCUUUCUUGAGAGGAGAGAGGCAGAGAACCACUAGCCUUCUCCUCCUCCUCCUCCAUCCGAGUGUGUGUGAGGCUGGUACAUCCGUUGGCUGGUGGACACAGCAGCAGUGUUAGCAUUAGCAGGGAAUCUGUGCUCCAUCCUCCAAAAUGAUGAACAACCUCAAUGAAUGUGAAGAAGGCGAUGGGGGACCCAACAGCCAGGGAGAUGCAACAUCCAAGGAAAGCAGCCCUUUUAUCAACAGCAGCACCAGUGACGUAGAAAAAAGCCAGCAGUAUGAUGGGAAAAACAUGGCUCUGUUUGAGGAGGAGAUGGACACUAGUCCCAUGGUAUCUUCUCUGCUGAGCAGCCUUGCCAACUACUCCAACCUGACGCAGGGCAGUAAAGAGCAUGAAGAGGCAGAAAACAACGAGGAGGCACGCAAGAAAGCUGUACAGGCUCCGCGUAUGGGCACAAUAAUGGGCGUUUACCUACCAUGUCUUCAAAACAUCCUUGGAGUGAUUUUAUUCCUCAGGAUGACCUGGCUAGUGGGUGUUGGAGGCGUCCUCGGAACCUUCACCAUCGUCUUCAUGUGCUGCUCCACGACUAUGCUGACUGCUAUCUCAAUGAGUGCUAUUGCCACCAAUGGAGUUGUGCCAGCUGGAGGUUCAUACUACAUGAUCUCACGUUCACUGGGGCCGGAGUUUGGAGGGGCCGUUGGCAUAUGUUUCUUCCUGGGCACCACUUUUGCAGGAGCCAUGUACAUCUUGGGGUGCAUCGAAAUCCUGCUGAUCUACAUUGUUCCAUCAGCUGCCAUAUUCAAGAUGGAGGGUCUCGAGGGAGCAGAGGCCGAGGCAGCUUUGUUGAAUAACAUGCGUGUGUACGGUACCAUCGUUCUCACCUUCAUGGCUAUAGUCGUCUUUGUCGGUGUGAAAUAUGUCAACAAGUUGGCCCUUGUGUUCCUCGCCUGCGUCAUUCUCUCCAUCCUGGCUAUCUAUGCGGGGGUCAUCAAGACUGCUUUAGAUCCACCUGACUUUCCGGUUUGUGUGCUUGGGAACCGAACCCUUGUGUCAAAGGCGUAUGACAUUUGUGCCAAGACUAUAGAGCGGGGCAAUGGCACCAUCACCACCAAGCUUUGGAGAUCCUUCUGUGACUCUGAGUUCCUGAACGCCACCUGUGAUGAGUACUUUGUUAACAACAAUAUCAGUCAGAUCCAGGGAAUCCCUGGAAUCACCAGUGGCAUCCUGGCAGAAAACCUUUUCAGUAGCUAUAUGGAGAAAAAUUCAGUCUUAGAGAAGAGAGGUCUGCAGUCAGCACAGGACCCUGAACUCCCACUAACCAGCAGUAACCGAUAUGUGCUGGCUGAUAUUACCAGUUUCUUCACCCUGCUGGUUGGAAUCUACUUCCCCUCUGUCACAGGUAUCAUGGCUGGUUCCAACCGUUCUGGUGACCUGCAGGAUGCCCAGAAGUCCAUCCCUGUUGGUACCAUCUUGGCCAUCACAACCACCUCCAUCAUCUACAUGUCUAGUGUAAUUCUGUUUGGAGCCUGUGUGGAUGGAGUUGUUUUGAGGGACAAAUUUGGAGAAGGCGUCAGUGGUAACUUGGUUAUUGGCACGCUGGCAUGGCCCUCACCCUGGGUUAUUGUGUUUGGCUCCUUCUUCUCCACCUGUGGGGCGGGGCUUCAGAGUUUGACAGGAGCACCCCGCCUCCUUCAAGCUAUUGCCCGAGACGGCAUCAUUCCUUUCCUCAGGGUGUUUGGUCAUGGCAAAGCUAACGGUGAACCUACAUGGGCUCUCCUUCUGACAGCUUGCAUCUGUGAAAGUGGCAUCCUCAUUGCCUCCCUGGAUGCAGUUGCACCUAUUCUGUCCAUGUUCUUUCUCAUGUGUUACAUGUUUGUAAACCUGGCCUGUGCACUGCAAACUCUCCUCAGAACCCCAAACUGGAGACCACGCUUUAAGUUUUACCACUGGGCUUUGUCACUCUUGGGCAUGAGCUUGUGUCUCACCCUGAUGUUCCUGUGCUCCUGGUACUAUGCUAUUGUUGCCAUGGGAAUCGCCGGCUGCAUCUACAAAUACAUUGAAUUCUGCGGGGCAGAGAAAGAGUGGGGUGAUGGAAUUCGUGGUAUCUCUUUGAGCGCUGCCCGUUUUGCUCUGAUGAGGCUGGAGGAAGGUCCUCCUCACACUAAAAACUGGAGGCCUCAGAUUUUGGUGCUCACAACUUUGGAUGGGGAGCAGAAUGUGGAGCAGCCUCGACUGCUGUCGCUAACCAGUCAGCUGAAAGCAGGCAAAGGCUUGACUAUUGUAGGAGCGUGUAUAGAAGGCACCUACCUGAACAACCAGCCAAAGACUCAGAAAGCAGAUCAGUCCCUGAGGAAGCUGAUGGAGGUCGAGAAGGUGAAGGGAUUUAGUCAGGUGGUGAUCUCUUCAAACCUGCGGGAUGCCACUUCACACCUAAUUCAAGCUGGAGGUCUGGGUGGGCUACGCCACAAUACUGUUCUGGUCAGCUUUCCCAAGAACUGGAAACAGGCUGAGGAGCACCACCGUUGUAGGAACUUCAUUGAGGUUGUUAGGGAGACCACAGCAGGUCACAUGGCCUUACUGGUCCCGAAGAACAUUUCUGCAUAUCCAUCAAAUGGAGAGCGUUUCACUGAGGGCCACAUUGAUGUGUGGUGGAUUGUCCAUGAUGGAGGCAUGCUCAUGCUCCUUCCCUUUCUUCUGCGCCAGCAUAAGGUUUGGAGGAAGUGCAAGAUGCGUAUCUUCACUGUGGCUCAGAUGGAUGACAACAGCAUUCAGAUGAAGAAAGACCUGAUGACGUUCCUCUAUCACUUGCGUCUUGAUGCUGAAGUUGAAGUGGUUGAAAUGCUUGACAACGACAUCUCGGCUUACACCUAUGAAAAGACCCUGAUGAUGGAGCAGCGAUCGCAAAUCCUCAAGGAGAUGCAUCUAACCAAGAAUGAGCGGGAGAGAGAGAUUCAGAGCAUCACAGAUGUGUCCCGUGGCUCUAUUAGGCGUAAGAACCCAUCAAACCUGCACCCCCAGAGGAGUAUCGCUGAGGAGUCGGUGGCAGGAAGUGGUGAAGAAAAACCUGAAGAGGAGGUUCAGCUCAUUCAGGGAAAAAAUGCCACCCCCACCCCCACUAGCCCCACCUCCCCUACUGCUCCCGCACCAGCGACCAUGAGCCCCGGAGAGGAGGUGCAGAUGACCUGGACGGAUGAUACGGAGAAGGCCAAUAACCCAGCAGUGGCCAACCCUGAUAACAUAAAGGACAUGUUCAACAUGAAACCGGAGUGGGAGAACCUGAAUCAGUCCAAUGUCAGACGCAUGCACCAUGCACAGAAGCUCAAUGAGGUCAUUGUGAAGAAAUCGCAAGAAGCUAAACUAGUCCUGCUAAACAUGCCUGGACCACCUAGGAACCGCACCAACCAGACACGACACAUGGAGAAUUCAUUUUAUCAAAACUAUCCAUUUUUUGCUGACAUUCAGGUGAUGAUAUUUAUUGGAUUUGGCUGCCUUCUGGCCUUUUUCCGACGCUAUGGCUUUGGUGGAAUGGUUUUUAAUUUUUUAGUUGCUACAUUUACCAUUCAGUGGGCAAUUCUGAUUCAAGGAUUCUUUCAGUUUUUCUAUGAUGGGAAGAUUCAUCUUAGUGUACUGAACCUGAUUAAUGCAGAGUUUGCCUGUGCUGUUGUGCUCAUCUCAUUUGGAGCCGUGUUGGGAAAGACGAGCCCUGUGCAACUCUUGAUCAUGGCCUUGCUCGAGAUCCCUCUGUUUGGUGUCACAGAGUGGGCUGUACUGAAAUACCUGAGGAUCAAUGAUGCUGGUGGCUCAAUUCUCAUCCACAUAUUUGCCUGCUACUUUGGCCUGGGUGUCACAUUUGUCCUGUAUAGACCCAGCCUAAACGAAGGACACCCAAAGGUAUCCACAAGUUACCAAUCAGAUCUGUUAUCUGUAAUGGGAACCCUGUUCCUCUGGGUGUUUUGGCCAUCUUUCAACUCAGCGCUGACCUUCAAGGGUGACGACCAGCACCGAGCCGUUCUGCACACAUUUAUAGGUCUCAGUGCCUCAACAAUUACUGCUUUUGCCCUGUCCAGCAUGCUAAGCAAGAAUGGUAAGAUCAGCAUGGCUGAUGUGCAGAAUGUAACAUUGGCUGGAGGUGUAACUGUCGGCGCCUCAGUGGACAUGAUGAUUUCACCGGCUGCUGCUUAUGUGCUAGGAGUCAUGGGGUGCUUUGCGUGCAUGCUGGGGUACAAAUACCUAAGCCCGGUCCUGGCACAAAAGCUGCGUAUACAAGAUCAGUGUGGCAUACAUAACCUGCACGGACUAACCGGACUCAUUUCCAGUCUUGCAGGAAUCUGUGCCAUUCUGCUGGCUACCGAGGAAACAUACGGCCCCAGUCUUUACCAGACUUUCUCUCAUCAAGCACCUCCCGAAGGAGACCCUCAGCUCGUGGAGUUACAACAAUUGAUUCCAGAUCUGGAAGCAGGCUUGGGCAGAAGUGCAAAGGAACAGGCUCUCUUUCAGGUGGCUGCACUGUUUGGGACCAUUGCCGUGUCUGCAGUAGGGGGAAUGCUGACUGGUGUAGUUCUCAAGCUACCAUUUCUGGCUUCACCCUCAGAUGAGCAAUGCUUUGAUGAUGAGCUCUUCUUUACUGUUCCUCCAGAUUACGACUGUGUAAAUGUUCUCAGUGAAACAAGCAAAGCUGAGAAUGAAUGAAGAAAGAUAAAAGACUACAGCUUGGUAAGAGCAUUAAAUAAAGGAAUAUCAAUGCUGGACAAUAGGCUAAACAACAUUAUGACUACUCUGUAACUUUACUUGGUGAUUGUACUUACAAAAAUAGAUUAUUUUAAUAUUUAAUGAAAUAAGGUUCAUAUACUAUUAAAGUAUAAAGUGUACUAUACAUUUGAUUUUCAUACAUAUUUGUAAAAUGUACAUUGUGAAUCUAAUGUUUUUCUAUAUUCGUUCCAUAGUUCAUGAUUCAUAUAUUAUUUUAUUAACUUUUUUAUUUAGAAUUAAGAGAACAUUUAUUUUAAAUUUGAAUGUAAAGUCUGGGUGAACUGAAAGAUGCUGAGACUUUUAUUUCAGUGUGUUGAUGUACUUCCAAUUGAAUUUUAGUUAAGAAUUAAGUAAAAAAUUAGGUUAAGAAUAUUGGUUUGAACGCCAACAAGUUGACGUCAACAAAAAACGCCACUCCAAACACAAAAGUAAAUGGUCAGACUUUGACUAAAGAUUACCAAAACUUUUUUCUGUGAAUAUUACUGAAAACUUACAUAACUUGCACAAAUGACUUUUUCACCUACAGAAAAACAAUGUGAGCAAGAAAAUUAAAUGGUACAAAUUUAA